CUCUACUGUUCUCGGAGUCUCUUCUCGCGUUAACGCCGAGCUCGGUUAGAAUGCAGCUAGCUCGUUAGUUGACUCCAUCGUUUCCAGGUUUCAUGUCAACCUGAAAACAUUAGACCAAGAGAGACACAAACAGCAAAUUGACAGCCGAACGCUUUUAAAACCCAGGCUGCACGGAGAGGUGGGACAAUGCCACACAACUUCCAGGCCGGAGACCUGGUCUUCGCUAAAAUGAAGGGAUACCCCCACUGGCCAGCUAGGAUUGAAGAUGUGGCUGAUGGAGCUGUGAAACCACCACCUAAUAAAAUCCCUAUUUUCUUCUUUGGGACUCAUGAAACAGCAUUCCUUGCAGCAAAAGACCUUUUCCCAUAUGAAAAGUACCGAGAGCGCUACGGCAAGCCCAACAAAAGGAAGGGAUUCAAUGAAGGUUUAUGGGAGAUCCAGAACAAUCCACAUGCCUCCUACAGUGCUCCACCUGCACAGGCUAGCUCAUCUGAUAGUGAGGGCAAUGAAGCAGCAGGAGGAGAAGGAGGGGGAAGUGACGAAGAGGAGGACGAAGAAGACGCUCCAGUUCCUCAAAAAGCCGACUCCGGCAGCGAGGACGAGUCAGAUUCUGGGAGUGACGACAGAGGGAGGGGAGGUGGGAUAAAGCGAAAGCCACAGGCUCCCAAGCGGCCUCCUCCUCCAAAAAAAGCGCGAGGCUCCUCCAGCGACAGAGACGAAGAGGAGAGCAGGUCUCCGUCUGAAUCAGAACCGACGGCUUCAGAGUCUGACUCUGGCAAAAACAGCGACAAGGAUUUUACUCCAGAGAAGAAAUCCGGUGGACGAGGAGGAAAGAAAGCCGGUGGCAGAGGGAAGAAGAAGAAAGGUUCUUCUGACUCAGAUUCAGAGUCGGGAUCAGGGUCAGAGAAGAAAGUCGCAGACAGCGACUCUGAGGACGAGAAGCCACGGCCGGCUCUGUCCGGCUCCGAGUCCCAGUCUGGCUCAAAGUCAGAGUCAGAGUCUGAUCCGCCUCCCCGCAAGGGCCCGCAGCCUCGCAAGAAAGAGAAAGCCGCUCCAAAGCCUCGAGCAAGAAAACCCAAACCUGCCCCAGCUAAACGAGCACCGUCAUCAUCCUCCGACAGCGACAGUGACAGUGAACCGGACCGCAUCAGUGAAUGGAAGAAACGAGAUGAGGAGCGCAGACGAGAGCUUGAGGAGCGGCGGAAAAAGGAGGAGGCUGAGGAGCUCCGCCGGCUACGUGAGAGAGAGAAGGAGGAGGAGGAGAAAAAGAAAAAAGACAAAGAAAAGGUCAAAAAAGAGAGUGAAAGUGACAGCAGUAGCAGCUCGGAUGAAGGUAUAGACGAUCAUCCGCUGAAGAAGUCCAAGAAACCGCCUCCGCCCCCGAUCCCCGCACCCUCUGACUCUGAUUCUCCACCUCCAGCAGAGGUGAAAAGAACAUCAAAGAAAGUAGACAAACAGAAGGCAAGAAUAAAGAAGGAGAAGGAAAGAAAAGAAAGAAAGGAGAAGGAGCUGAAAGAGAAGAAAGCCAGACGGGCGGAGGACAAGUCCAGAGCGAGGUCUAAGCCUGAAAAGCCCAAACGCCGAUCAGAGAGGCCACCUGAGAAGAAAGUGGAAAAGAAAAAAGAGCCAUCACCAGAGGAAAGGCUACAGAAACUCCACACAGACAUUAAAUUUGCACUUAAAGUGGACAACCCAGACAUUGAGCGUUGUCUAAAAGCGCUCGAAGAGCUUGAAGCUGUACCUGUCACCAGCCAGAUUCUCCAUAAAAAUGCUGAAGUUAUUGCCACACUAAAAAAGAUUCGGCGGUAUAAAGCCAGCACUGCAGUCAUGGAGAAGGCCAGCGAUGUCUAUAACAAGUUAAAACUUCGCUUCGUGGGAAAACCAGAGCUGCCAGCUAAGCCUCAAAUAGAGAACAAAGAAACGGAGAAUGAUGAAAAGCAGUCACAAAACACUGAAUCCACACCUGUGAAUGGGGAAUCGGAGGAGAAAAAAGAGAAUGCAGAGGAAGACGAAAAGCCCAAAUCGCCUCUGAAAGAGGAGAACAACGACGGCCAAAGUUCAAGUCCAAACAGGCCCAGUUCAGACAGCCCAGCUCCACAACAGACACCCACAUAUGAGGAAGCAGACGGUACCGUCUCAGCAGAGCCAGAACCGGCCGCUGUAGAAACCUAAAAGACUCUCUGCAACCACUGGCAGCGGACCAAGUGCUAAAAGACGGUGGCCUCUGCUUGACGAUCGGACGCCGCUCUUGGCUCAGCAGCAUUGCCACACGCACCCAGCAUUUCCUGCAGCACCUGUUACAAAAAUAGAUGAUGCUUUGGACUUUUUUGUGGUACACUGGUAUCAAGUCAGAAAGCCAUCCUCUCAGCCUGUUGGUCCAUUGUUUCUCACCGUUAAAUGAAAACUUUCUUUUUAUUGUUAAUGAAUUUCCUUCUCAUUUUGUUCAACGUUCAACUUAAACUCCAGCUCCUGCCUCGUCAUCCGUCUACUUUCAAACUGCCCACAUAUUAAAAGGAAAUCAUCUUUUUUUUUCUUUCUGUUUUUUUAGCUCUCGCAACCAGAAUGAAAUGGAACAAACUUAUUUUAAACAGAGACCGGGACGACUUGGAGAGAAAACUUUUUUCUUUUGUUCUCUAAGGACUUUUUGUGUAAACCCUUACAUCUGUUUGCUUCCUUUUAUAAAACCUGCCAAACAUCACCAAGGCCUCUUUUCUGUGUGUGGCAUUGCCAGAGUGGUACAGUCCUGUUUAUGAGUCUUCUGUGUUAACUAUUUAAAUAUCUGGUCUAAGUCCAGUUGAUACAGUCUGAAAUGUAAAGAGUCACUAAAAAUCUGUUUUUUAACUGAGGUCCACCUCCUUUUUAAUUGCCUUUGUUUUCAUAGGAUCACAGUUUUGUCUCUAAAAAUAAUUGCUGUGCAGUUAAGCACCAUACACUCUCCUCUGUAGUGUCUGCUUUCAAUGGAUCAUGAUGAAUUGGGGGAAAAAAACCUGAACGCUGCCCUCUGAAGCUAUUGAGAUCUCAUGUAGCUGCAGCCUAUUUUGACUUUUUUAUGUGCAUACAUCAUGUGUUUUUAGUGCUAUGUAAAUUGGUAAAGCAUUUCUAUAACGUAGUUGAGACUUGAAUAAAAAUCUCAGCAUGG